CGCGACCUUACGAUGGUUAUAUGUUAUGAAGCGCAUGAGAGGUGCGCGUGCGCGUGCGCCUGCCUGCUGCACUCUGUAAAAUCGUUUUAUUGUCCUUCAGAGGAUGGUGCGUUCGCGUUACGUUCAUAUAUGAAGCUUGAAGAGGUCAUUUUCCUGCCGGUUCUCAAAACCUCGCGUUUGUUGAUCCGGUUAAUGCUCUCGCGCUCCGUUACCGGCCAGUGAAGCGACGCGCACGAGCUCACGAGGCUUACCGUGAUUUUAGUAGUUUUAUGUUUUAGUCCUGGUUUAAGUCUCCGCACAGCUGCGCUGGUUUAGCUAGUUCACAUGAGUCUUUGUUGUUUUGGGUUAGUAGCGGUUUAUUCUGGUUUAACGUUAAUCAGUUCAGCGCAAGUGAGUUGGGGUUUGGUUGGUUAAGAUCGAGUUUUAAUUUCAGGCGUGUUAGGAUUAGUUUGGUUGUAAAUCACAGCAUGGGUAUGGUGGCUUAGUGGUCAGUUUAGUUGCAGGUUAGGUUGAAUCAGUUCAGCACAGGUCUGUUCAGUUUGACAUGACAGGUCUGGUGGGUUCACUUCAGUUUGAGAUCACAGGUGUCUGUUCAGUUUAGGUUGGAAGUCAUAGAUGUGUUGUGUCAGGGUAAGUUUGGGAUAAGGGAUAGUUGUCAGUGAAAUCACAGGAGGGUUGGGGUUGGGUUAGGUUUAGAUUAGACCAGGUUUAGUUUAAGUUCUGCUGUGAUGGCUAAAGGCGAGUGGAAGAGGUCAGGCACCGAUGAUCUCCAGUUAUCCGGCCGCUCUGAUUGUGAAGUGUUCGAUGAUGGAACCAACACCUUCUUCUGGAGGGCCCAUACUCUGACAGUGCUGUUCAUCCUGACAUGUGCUCUGGUUUAUGUGACACUAUUGGAGGAGACGCCACAUGACACUGCGUACAACACUAAAAGAGGAAUUGUAGCCAGUAUUCUGGUGUUCCUUUGUUUUGGAGUAACACAAGCUAAAGAUGGUCCCUUCACUCGUCCUCACCCAGCGUACUGGCGUUUCUGGCUAUGCGUUUCUGUUGUGUAUGAACUCUUUCUCAUCUUCAUCCUGUUUCAGACAGUGCACGAUGGCAGGCAGUUUAUGAAAUACAUUGACCCAAAACUUGGCGUCCCUCUUCCUGAAAGAGGUUAUGGCGGGAACUGCCUCAUUUAUGACCCCGGACAUCCUACCGACCCCUUCCACAAUAUCUGGGACAAAAUGGAUGGAUUUGUUCCUGCCCAUUUUCUCGGCUGGUACAUUAAGACGCUGGUGAUCAGGGACUGGUGGAUGUGUAUGAUCAUCAGUGUGAUGUUUGAGUUCCUGGAGUACAGUCUCGAACACCAGCUGCCCAACUUCUCUGAGUGCUGGUGGGACCAUUGGAUCAUGGAUGUUUUGGUGUGCAACGGGUUGGGUAUAUACUGUGGCAUGAAGACUCUCGGUUGGCUCUCCAUGAAGCCGUAUCAGUGGCAGGGAUUGUGGAACAUCCCAACAUACAAGGGGAAAAUCAAACGUAUUGCUUUCCAGUUUACCCCGUACAAUUGGGUGAAGUUUGAGUGGCGCCCCGCGUCUAGCCUGCGGAGAUGGCUGGCGGUGUUGGGUAUUAUUUUCACGUUCUUAUUGGCGGAGCUGAAUACGUUCUAUUUGAAGUUUGUGUUGUGGAUGCCUCCUGAACAUUAUCUGGUGCUUCUGCGGCUCGUCUUCUUUGUGAAUGUGGGUGGAGUGUCUAUGCGAGAGAUCUACGACUUCAUGGAUGAUCCGAAAUUCCAUAAAAAGUUGGGCCAGCAAGCGUGGAUUGUGACGACCAUCACUGUUACAGAGUUUCUGAUCGUGGUCAAAUAUGAUCCCAAAACCAUCAUGCUGCCGAUCCCCUUCUUUAUCACACAGUGCUGGAUACUCGGAAUCGUCCUCGUCCUCAUUUGGACCUUGUGGCGGUUCUUCAUCCAUGACAUCACGCUCCGAUACAAAGAAACACGCCGGCGCAGACAGGAAGGGUCUUCAGAGCGGGACAGAGCACCUGGACACACUGACGGCAGCAAUUUAGCCACAUCAGGCCGUAGCAGACUAAACGGCAGCAUGGACGCGGUCCGACACAGGAAGCCAUGAAUCCAUCCUGCCACACACAAACAACCAAUGUGCACUACACAUCGCCACUGGACACACGUUUGUGUUUAUAAUCCUAAUUAGAUCAUACCAACGCUCAUGGUGUCUGUCAAGCGGCAUCCAGAGAGAUGAUGCCAUCAUUUCCUGUCCCUGCGGAGAGAGUUGUUGUGUAUAUUUAGGAUCAAUAUGACUUUGUAGCUGUUACAUAGGUGAGGCUUUUAGGGUUCGGGGUUCACUGUCCCUCUGGUUUUGGGUUUAUUGAUCGGUGCCAUGCAGGAAGGCACAUUUCGAUGCAGAACACUAAGCAGUGAACUAACGGUAGGGGAAGUGCACAUACAGCCAUUUAUUAAUAGAACUAUUGAUUUUAAGUUACAUUUAGCAGGUAGGAACACAAGAAACAUCCUACUUGAGCUAUAACACUAUAUUUAAAAAACUAAGAGAAUGUUAUUAUUUAACCGGCUGUUUCCUUCUGCUAUGCUUAAAAUGUUAAAGGAAGUUAGCAUGCCUGUAACACAAGCACCUCACACAAGGACAAUCCUUCUGACCUGUUAAACACGGGUCAGUGCCAUGACUGGACCAAAAUCAAAGACCUUUACUUUCCGUUUGCAUGCGUGAAUGUGUGAGUGAGACUAUAGUGGCCAAAACAUUCAUCAUGCUGAUGCUGUUGUUAUUUCUGCAGGGAAACCACAGACAAAAACUUAGUGUUUUGUGUUUGAUGAAUAAAAAAAAAAAUUAAUCCGGAAGUCAUCCCAAAGUUUAUGCUUUAAGUGUAUUGGGCCCUUCGUGUAUCUGGUCACAGUGAGUGGGUUGUGUGUUGUUGUGUCGUGGUAGUGCGUCUGUAUUCGGAUAAUGUGCAAGUCCAAAAAUGGCCUGAUCUGAUUUAUUAAAUGCCAUUAUAAUCUUACUGUGAAUGUAAGCAUCUAGCACUAGUUUGACUUCAGCGCUAAUGCCUAAGCUGUUCCCAUUUUGUUUCAUGCUACUGAUGGUUUUUAGGGUUCGCUUUGAUUUAACUAUGUGGGGAAAAUUAAAAUCGCAGUAUAUGUUCUCGUCCGAUUGAUCAGGAUUCUCUCUCUCUCUGAAAUCUAUGUGGGACCAUUUGAUGACCUGUCUGCCUCUGCUUAUAGUGGUUCAUGUAAACAUGUUACAUAGAAAUUAACAACCGAGUUCAUAUUUUAUAAUGUUUUCAAUAAAUAAAAAAGGACUUCUUCCUCUUUAA